AUGCUUUCAACCAACUUACUCCUGGAAUUAGCUUUAUGUGAAAUCAAACUUAGUGCGGGAGAUUUUUUUAUUUGCAAAGCAAUUCGGACAUUGGAUGGGACUAAGGUUGUUGGAGCCUACGUUCGCAUGCUCCAUGAUGUCAAAGGUAAGCUACGACAUAGGCGACGGCUCGUCGGGCCUAUUGUAGGUUAUCGUAUAGGUACCCGAUUGAUCACCUUUAGUAUGUAG